CACAAUAUUUUGCUCGCUGCUUGAAGAGAGCGCAGCCCUUCGAUUUAUUUAAUUCCUGCCACCCCCCCUUCUUCAACUCUUGUUCUCUUCUGUUCACCUCUUCUCAAUUUCUCUCCCCCAUUCAUCAACCACAACUUCAUCGUCAUUGCGACCUCUUUUCCGAACUUCCAAAGUCUUCCUUCUUCAGACUCUCUCUGAACUCUCCAUCAAGAGAUAUUCUCACUUUCCUUUCUCAAGUAUCGCACCACCACCUCGACUACGCAAACCAUAACCAGUGAACUACAAUGGAUGUCUCCAACUCCACUCCCGUCAACUCUCCCGCUACCAUCGCCCGUGUCUGGUACUCUGACAAGAUGGAUAUCCCCAUCAUAAACGACUCGCACAUCCUGUCCUUCAUUCUGGUCGAUCAUGAGACAGUUGUCCAGCAUGUCGCGAACGAUCAUGAUGAUAUUGAAGUCGUCAGCGCCUUGGCCGUCGCUGCCACCAACUUCAGCAAAAUGAACGAUGGUCUCGACACCGCUAUUGUUCACAGGAAGCACAGUAUGCUCUACUACAUCACGACCCUUGCUUUGGCCUUUCGUCUGGAUACGAGCAUUUUCGAUGUCAUUCACACGACUGUGACUAUUGGCGAUCUAGUUCCCACUGCCGAUCGAGUUCCCACUGCUGAUGCGGUUCCGGCUGUUUAUCCUGCCAUGGCUCCUGUCUCGCCUGAGUCGAACAGGGAUACUAUGGUCCAGAGUGUUGCAGUCACAACCAAGGAACAUAUUCGUCGCCCCCGCAACCAGUUCAUCAUCUACCGUCAGUGGAUGUCUGCUCGGCUCCACGAGGACAACCCCGGCUUGACAGCUGGUGCUAUUUCGUCCAUCGUCGCUAAGGCUUGGAAAGGGGAGACACCCCAGGUCAAAGCUCAUUUCAAGGCUCUCGCGGUGGAGGAAGACCGCAAGCACAAACUGGCGUAUCCUGGGUACCGCUACCAGGCACGCCGCACCCGGAAUGAGCGCCGCAAGCUCUUCAGCACUAUCAAGGCUGUCUCCCAAUAUCCAGUGCCGGUCACGAACCCGGUGCCCCAGUAUCCGGUGCAUACCCCGAGUUCGUUGACCACCGCGGAUCUCAACGACACUGUGAUGAAUCUGGGCAGCCUCAACAACUAAAGGCGUCGCUGCAGUCUCUCAUCACUGCAACCAUUCUAUGCAAUGUGUGUCCACAGCUCCUGACUCUAUUCAGUCAUUGCGACCUUUCGCUCAAGGUUUGCCGCCCAGUGGGCGAUGACCUAUGCACCAGACGUUGGUUCAGAAUGCUUCAAAGCUUUCACUGGAUGCGACACAGUUUGUGACACAACAUACUCGAUUACCUGACGAAGAAUAUGCUUCCUGGUACAACAACAUGGAAUUAUGACGACAUUUGCACGGCUUUUUCUUUGAAUGACUUGUUUCAUAUCAACACAUCAGCAUACCCUGCGAUCCCUGCCAUUUUCACCGGCGGCGAUGUUCUCAAGCAAAGAGGUUUGGUUCUUGGAGGAUGAUACCCCUUCUCAUACUUCUCUUUUCUUCAUGGUUCGGAUUUGGGAUUUGGGCAUGGAUAACAGGAGUUUGGCGGAUGGAUAGCAUUUUACAAUGUUGGGGCGGAGCGGGGUGUUGGGUGUUGGGACGGUGGGCUGUUUCUUUCAUUUUACUUAUUUUCUAUUUGUUUUCAUUCUCUUUUCUCAGUGGUACAUAAUCUCGAGGAGGAUCGUGUUGACGGUCAUCACUGGUGGAGGUUGGGGCACAUGGAUGGAUGAGUUUGACGAACGGAAUGACCUGGCUCAAGGGGUUCAAAGAAGACGUUCGUUCAAAGCUCGCAGCUAGUUUCUUUUGUCUGUACAACAAUCAAGUGCAUACCCAGAU